CGGACAUUCAGAAGUUGAAAGCAAAAGAAAGAAAAAGCUCCCGAUUUUAAUUUAGGAGAAGAGAACUUACCCAUUUCCUUUCAUUUCACGGUUUUCAUACUCUUCUCUAACAAUAAACAAGAAGCAAGAAUACAUCAAAUCCUCUCAUCCAUCAGGAAGGAAAGAAAAAGAAGACAAGAGAAAACAAUGGCCACAACCAGCAGCAAAGAAUCGAGCUCUAGCUCAACAACAGAGGGUGGUGGUGGUGGUCAUGGUAAUAAAAUAAAAGGAGUACCAACUCAUGGAGGUCGUUAUGUUCAAUAUAAUGCGUAUGGUAACUUGUUUGAGGUUUCUAGUAAGUAUGUUCCUCCUAUUCGACCCAUUGGCCGUGGCGCUUAUGGCAUUGUCUGUGCUGCUGUGAAUUCAGAGACACGGGAGGAAGUUGCCAUUAAGAAAAUUGGUAAUGCGUUUGACAACAGAGUAGAUGCCAAAAGAACAUUGAGAGAGAUUAAGCUUCUUCGACAUAUGGAUCAUGAAAAUAUUAUUGCUAUCAGGGACAUUAUACGACCACCAAAAAAGGAGGCUUUCAAUGAUGUGUAUAUUGUUUAUGAAUUGAUGGAUACUGAUCUUCAUCACAUUAUUCGUUCUGAUCAACCACUGACCGAUGACCAUUGUCAGUACUUCUUGUAUCAAUUGUUACGAGGAUUGAAAUAUGUGCAUUCAGCCCAUGUCCUGCAUCGUGAUCUAAAGCCUAGCAAUCUGCUUCUCAAUGCUAAUUGCGAUCUCAAAAUUGGAGAUUUUGGAUUGGCAAGGACAACAUCUGAAACAGAUUUCAUGACCGAGUAUGUUGUAACUCGUUGGUACCGAGCACCUGAGUUGCUCCUUAAUUGUUCAGAGUACACUGCUGCAAUUGAUAUUUGGUCUGUUGGUUGCAUCCUUGGUGAAAUAGUGACUAGAGAACCUUUGUUUCCUGGGAAAGAUUAUGUUCAUCAGCUAAGGCUUAUUACAGAGUUAAUAGGUUCACCUGAUGAUGCUAGCCUUGGUUUUCUCCGAAGUGAUAAUGCUCGAAGAUAUGUUAGGCAGCUUCCACAAUACAGAAAGCAGAAUUUCACACUUAGGUUUCCUAAUGUGUCUGCUGGGGCUGCCGAUCUACUGGAAAAAAUGCUUGUUUUUGAUCCUAACAAGCGCAUUACAGUUGAGGAGGCACUAUGUCAUCCAUACUUGUCUUCUCUUCAUGAUAUCAAUGACGAGCCUGUCUGCCCCAGGCCUUUUCAUUUUGAUUUUGAGCAUCCAUCAUGUACUGAAGAGCACAUCAAGGACCUUAUCUGGAGGGAAUCAAUGAAGUUCAAUCCAGAUCCUCCAACCCAUUAGGAGAAAUGGAUAUGACGCAGAAAUACAUUGGAAAAUGGGAUAGCUACGUUCCCUUUAACACAUUACUUUGGCAUCAACAUUUCCUGAGAGUAUGUGAGCUUCGCAUCCUAGACCCUGAAAGAUAAAGGCACCUUAUAUGCAAGACAUGGAAGCGUAGCUGCUUGAGAUAUCUCAGUGCUUAUAUAUUAUCUUAAUGCAUAAAUUGCAUUGUAAAAAUUAAUGCAGAUCUUUUGUAAGUACUAGUAGUUGGAGUCUUAGAGUAGGAGCAAAGCAAGGAUUAAGCAUGUUCAUUUUGCUGAUGGAUCUGAUUUCUAUUUUCCGUACUUUUCAAAUAAAAUUAAGAUAAUAAGGAUUAUUCGUCUCAAAA